AUGGAAGCGGACACAGAAAAUGUCGUCGAGAAAUCGUCGCCGAAAAACGUUCGGCCCGAGGUCACGACCCUUUGGCAACGGCUGGUGUCGUACAUGUUCGAGCCCGAAUACGGAGAGUGUUUGGCUGCUUUGCGCAUAGCUUUCGGUCUGCUGAUGAUGAUCGACACGAUGGAUGAACGUGGUUUUUGCCAGGCCGAAAAACGAUGGAUGGAACCCAUGAAGUGCUAUUUUCCACUUUUCGACUUUGUUAAACCACUGCCAGGCCGAUGGAUGUGCCUGGCGUACGCAGCAAUGUUUUCCGGAGUGCUCGGCGUGUUCACCGGUUUCCACUACCGGAUUAGUUGUGCUGUAUACGCGAUCCCUUACUGGUACAUAUUUUUGGCUGACAAGAGCUCGUGGAACAACCAUUCGUAUUUGUUCGGACUGCUGAUCGCUAUUUUCUCCGUAACAGACGCUCAUCGCAACUGGUCCGUGGACAGAUGGCUUCGGCGAAAAAUGCCGUUGGACGCGCCGUUGUUGGUGCCCCGUUGGAACUAUCUACUGCUCAGGAUACAGUUUUUCAUCAUGUACUUCGUAGCUGGCCUAAAAAAGUUUGAACCUGAUUGGCUGUGGGGUUACUCGAUGAUGUCGUUGGGUCACCAUCACGUGUUCACCCCUUUCAGGUACUUCUUCUCAGCUGAAUUCAUAGAUCAUUGGAUAGUGCACGUCGGAGGAUUCCUCAUCGACUUGCUUUCGGGAUUUGGACUGUGUUUCCGGUCCACAAGACCGUUCACCAUCAUCGUGCUGCUUGCAUUUCAUGGCAUGAACGCAACCAUGUUUACCAUAGGUAUGUUUCCAUACGUUUGCGCCGCAAUGAUACCGGUAUUUUGCGACCCAGCUACGAUGUCUAAGAUGUUGAGGACCGUUGUUGAAUCUUUCUGGAACAACAAAUCUGCACCAAAGUCUAUCGUCUACAAACCACCGACUCGGACCAAACAAAACGCCAUCGUCGCUGGAGUGUGCGUGUACACAGCUUUGCAGUUGUUUUUGCCGUACUCGCAUAUAGUGACACAGGGUUACAACGGAUGGCGAAACGGAUUAUACGGAUAUUCUUGGGACAUGAUGGUGUAUAACGUGGACGUGGCCAAGGUACAAAUAAAGGUGUUGGACCACGUGCGCCGUGAACAAUUCUACUUAGAUCCGAACGGCUGGACGGACAACAACAAGUGGAUGUUGCACGGCGAUAUGUUGAAGCAGUUUGCGGGGUGCGUGGCCGCCAAUAUGCCCGACAGGCAUGACAACAUAUCCAUCACAAUGGACAUAUGGGGGUCUCUCAACGGCCGGUUCCACCAGCGACUGGUUGACCCAAACGUGGACUUAUUGCACGCCCCUUGGUCACCCUGGUCAUCCGUGCCUUGGCUAUUGCCAUUGAUCCGGCACUUGGACUGGUGGCGGCCUUGGAUAGUGGACGCAAAACGCAGCACCGACAACGAUCUACUAUUUUUCGCUGAUUUCCCCGGUAUGACUGUGAGAAACGUCGCGGACGACCGGGAAGAUACCACCACCACGUUGGCUGUGCUCGAGGGUGCCGUUGCCGUCCAUGAAUCGUGGACCAGUGGUUUAGACGAUGAUGGGGCCGUGCGACUAGUGUCCGGUGAAGCGAUGGAAGUGACUGGCGGGCAUGUCGUGACCACCGUGAGCGCGACGCCGUCGUGUUACGUGUUUGCAGCGACGGUGGAUAGUGGUGGCGAUAGCGUUGGAGGCGGUGGCGAUGGCAGUGGUGACAGUGAUGACAGUGGCGACAGCGGAGGAGUAUCGACUCGGCCCGCUGCAGUCGUCCACGAUCAUCCUGGCUGUUCGGAGGCUUGUUAUGCGUUCGCGUUUCACGCCAUAAGAGACGCGUUUUCCGCUUUUUUUUCCCGCACCGCUGUCUGA